CUUGUUCUAGAUUCUUCACGCGUGGGUUUAGGGUUUAGGCGGUUUUCUUCCUCUCGGCGCAAUGAGGCAAGCGGUGGGAGCACUAUUGCGGCAUGGCUGGAGGCGCACGAGAUCGUCCUCGUCGCUUCUGCAAUCGUUCCGGGCAGCCGAUUCUCCUCGCCAGCAAUGGCUUGCUUGCAUUCCUCCUCCGUCGUCACGGAUCUCACCGGCACAAUCGUUUCACACAGCCCAUUUUUCUUCUGCAGCCGUGAAUUCUUCCACCUCGAAAGAGGGGCGGCCGGGAUCGGCCGAGGAGCCCCCAGUGGAGGAUAAAACCGAGCCAGUCUCAAAGUCUGGGAAGGAUGAGAAGAAGGCGACAGGAAAAGCCGCCGCCGCCGCCAGCGGUGGCGAAGGUGGUGCUAAAGGCGGCGAUGGUGAGAGGAAACCGGGUGAUAAGCCGGGAGCUGCCGAUGACAAGAAAGUGCCCGAGACAGCCGAGCAGAAGCUGCUGAAAGAGAUCAGAAAGUUCGAGCAGCAGGUUCGAGAAAAGGACUCGAUUAUCGAGGAAAAGGAUGAACUUGUGAAGGAGCUCAAGGACAGUGUUCUUCGUGGCCUUGCGGAGCUGGAGAACUACAGAGAAAGGGCAAAGCGAGAGCAAGAGAGCUCUCGCAAGUUCGCCGUCCAGAGCUUUUCGAAGGAUUUGCUUGACGUUUCGGACAAUCUCUCGAGAGCUUUGUCGUCCGUUGGACAGCCCAAGGACGCGGAGGAAGCCAAGAAGCUCCUCGACACUCUUUUAGCAGGAGUGAAGAUGACUGAGAAGCAACUAAUGCAGGUUCUCAAAAAGUAUGGAGUCGAGCGAUUCGACCCGACUGGCGAGCCUUUCGAUCCAAACGUGCACCUCGCGGUCUGCGAGAUUGCUGAUCCCAGCAAGCCCGCCGGCACCGUCGCCAACGUUUUCAAGGUUGGAUACUUACUCCACGAAAGAGUUCUCAGGCCCGCUGAAGUUGCUGUAGUGAAAGCCGUGGAAGCUGCCGCUUAGAGAGAAAUUUUUGCUUGGCAAUAAGCUUUUGUUUAAUUUUGUUUCUGCCCUAACGGAAUCUAACUUGAGGACA